CCUUCUACACAAGCACAGCUCUGAUCAACAGGUCACGGCUGAAAGUGAAGGACGAGAGAAGACGUAAGAAACAAGGACUGACUGCUUGCAGUUUUAAAACCACAGCAGUCAUGUCUCCUGUUUGGCUUGGACAAAUACUUUUGGUCUUGCUGAUGUUCAGGAUUGUGGGAUCAAAAGCCAACAUCAGAUCUCAUCGGAAGAAGCGAGAGUGGAUUCUUCCACCAACAAGACUUUAUGAGAAUGUAGACUACACAAAAGAGGAAUAUGUGGCAAAAAUUCGCUCUGAUAAAGAUAUUAACUGGCAGGUGGUGGAAUAUGGAUUAACAGGUCAUGGUGCCAACAAGCUACCCUAUAAUUUGUUUGUUAUCAAUCCUGAGAAUGGUUAUGUCAAAGUCACAGGUCUGCUAGACAGAGAAAAAACAUCUUCAUACAACCUGACUGGCAUUGCUAAAUAUCGUAACGGAUCAAUAGCUGAAGAAAACAUUAUGCUUAAGAUUAAAGUUGAGGAUCAGAAUGAUAACUUUCCGAUAUUCAGAGAGCAAAGUGGAUCUGUGAAAGAAAGCAGCAAGAUUGGAACACCUGUUAUGCAGAUAAGAGCUACUGAUGCAGACGAGGAGGGCACAAUCAAUUCCAAAAUAGCAUACAGUAUAAUAAAACAAUCCCCUGCAGAAUCAGGAAAUAUGUUCUCCAUCGAUAGAGCAACUGGGAAUGUCUAUGUGAAGGAGAAAAUCCUGGAUCGAGAGAGACAUGAUAAAUAUACUUUAAUAGUUCAGGGAGUUGAUAUGGACGGACAUCCAUCUGGCAACACAGGAACAGGCACAGUGCAUAUUAAUAUUCUGGACAUAAAUGACAAUGUUCCCACUCUUGAGAAAGAAGAGUAUUCAGGCAGUGUUGAUGAAGGUGUGGUUGAUGUGGUUGUCAUGAGAAUUAAAGCCCAGGACAAAGAUCUGAAAUUCACUGAUAACUGGCUGGCAGUGUUUGACAUUCUGAAAGGAAAUGAAGACAAUCUCUUCUCCAUUGAAACAGACCCUAAAACCAACGAGGGAAUUCUAAAACUCAUCAAGCCUGUUGAUUUUGAAAAGGUCAAAGAGCUGGACCUCAAUUUGGUUAUAUCAAAUGUAGCUCCUUUUAUAAACGGAAGUGCUUUAGAGCUGGACGUCAAUCUGGACAAGGGUGGAGCAGGUGCCGGAGCAGGGGCUGGGGUGGGAGCCGGUUUGGGAGUUGGAUUAGGAGUAGGGUUAGGUUUAGGGUUAGAUGCUGGACUGGAUGCUGGGCCGAAUGCUGGACUUGGUGCAGGAUUGGAUUUAGGUGCUGGACUAGAUGCAGGACUAGAUGCUGAACUGGAUGCUGGACUAGAUGCUGGACUAGAUGCUGGAUUAGAUGCUGGACUGGAUGCUGGAGUGGAUUUGGGUGCCGGAAUGGAUGCAGGUGGAGAUGUUGGGCUUAAGCCUGGAGUUAAUCCUGGAGCCAAGCCUGGUCCUUCACUUGGUGUCAAGCCAGGGCCAAAACCAGGGCCAAAACCAGGAACAAAACCUGGAACUAGUCCUUCUGGCAAACCUGUAAGCGAUCCUGAUAAAAAACCAGCUGGGAAAGGUUACCCGGUUAAGAUCAGUGUAAACAACCUACCUGACGGGCCUGGCUUCUCACCUUCUGUGAAAGACUUCCCAGUGUCAGAGGAUCCAAAUGAAGAUUUCCCUGUGGUGUUGGGCACCUUUGCUGCUUUAGAUGGAGACACUGGAGAACCAGCUGAAAAUGUGAGGUAUGCCAAAGGUCACGACCCCGAUAACUGGAUAACCAUUGAUGAGGAAACUGCUGAGAUUAAGCUGACAAAGGCUCCAGACAGAGAAUCAAAGUUUUUGGUCAAUGGAACCUACUUUGCAAAGAUUAUCUGCAUGACUCAAGAUGUGCCAGCUAAAACCGCUACCGGCACAAUAGCAUUAAAGGUGGAGGAUACCAAUGACCACUGCCCCACACUGACCAGCUGCUAUCAUCAAACUUGUGAUAACAAUAAAGUGGUAAAUGUCACAGCUUUCGAUGAGGACGCCGAUCCAAACGCCACACCUUUCCAAUUUGCUCUGAUAGAAGAGGAGAGUGUCGGAAAAUGGCAGAUGGUGCCAAUAAACGGAACCACAGUGAGUUUUCAUACACAGGAGACUUUGUGGCCUGGCAUUUAUGAGCUGACAGUGAAGAUCACGGAUGCUCAAGGUUUGGCUUGUCCAGACAACCAAAAGUUUGAGGUUGAGGUGUGCAGCUGUGAGGAAAAAAGCUCAUGCGGGCCGAGGCUUGCUGCACAGCGCAGCGUCCCACUCAAAAUAGGAAAGCCAGCUCUCGGCUUGUUCCUCAGCGGCGCAGCUCUACUCUUGCUGGUACCGUUCCUUCUGCUCUUCUGCCAGUGUGGGACCGUGAAUGAGUUCACAGAUUUGCCAUUUGACGCUAAAGAAUAUCUUAUUCCAUAUCACACUGAAGGCAUAGGGGAGGACAAGGAGAUUCCUGCUCUCAGUGGUCUUGCUGCUACAAUAGACCAAAAGCAGCUGCUUCAGGUUUCCAACACUGUAUCCAAAAUGCACUUUCAAACAAGUGUUGCUAAUGACUCCAGAAUGCUCAACCAGGACAUAAACAAUGAUGGGUUAACAGAAUCUGAUGGCCGGAUUUGGUACAGAGAAAACACAAUUUCAACGGCCAACCACCGCAACAGUGCUCUCUAUUCUGCAUCAUUCAUUCAAGAAAAGCAAGACAUUUAUGGGGACAUGGCAUUAGGAGAUGUCUUUCUGAAUGAAUACUUCUCUCAGAAAGCAAGUAGUGCUGCAGCCAACCCUCCUCUGGCAGACGGUCUUCUGGUUUAUGAGUAUGUUGGUCAAGGAUCCCCUGCUGGCUCCCUUGGAUGUUGCAGCAUCCUUGAGUCUGAUGAUGACCUGGAGUUCCUGAACAACCUGGGUUCAAAGUUUCUUACAUUAGCCGAAAUAUGCAAUCCUCCAAAGCCUUCUUUACCUCCUACCAAAACUGAACAAGUUGUCAAAUCGGUUGAAACCAGCUACAAAUCUGAGAGUUCUGUCAGCACUAGCACCAUCCAGGUUACUAAAGAAAAAACAGCACCACAGCAGGUACAACAAAGCUCUGUAACCAAAGUCGAGACGGUUAAUACAUUUGCAACACUACCAACAGCAAGCCAAACGGUUUAUGUCGAACAGCAGCCUCUAUUCUACUUUGUGGAAGAGCAAAUGCCAAACAUUUCAUUCGUUGAGAGUCCCACUCAGGGUUUGUUUGUAAUAAACGGGAACCACGGGAUGGAAGGUUUGAUUCUUCAAGACGGAAAGAUUUCACAGCGUCAAGGACAGCAGGCAAUGUACUUGGUUAAUGGAGCCGCUGUAGCCGCUAAUCAGCCAAUACAGUUCCAAACAGAAGGCCAGGAACAGGAGGGUGUGCUGGGAUUCAGUUCUCUCUCAUCUCCUAUUGGAUCACAUAAAGGUGUAGUGCUAAUGCAGACACAUUUUCAGGGGAAAGCAGUGCAAGGGGAUGCUGGAAGAUCACCAGCGAAGCUUGAAAAACAGAACAAGAAGACCCUGUCUACUUCGUUAUCUAAAUAGAUUCAAGAAGAACCACAUAAUAGGGUUCAGGGUGUUUUUUACCCCAUUUGAAAAAAAAAUGUAGUACAUCAGUACUUUGACUAUUAAAAUUGGCUAUAGAAAGAUUUAGAGAUUACUACUUUGGAAACAUCAUUACAUUUCUGUUGUGUGUGGAGAUACUGGCUGUAUUUUUUGGAGAAUGGAUUUCAUAGUAAAUAAUUCGUUCUAAUAUUGAUUUAAUAGUUGCAUACAAAGAUUUGGGAUUGUCUUUGUAACAAUAUAAAAUUCUUUAUUGAAAAGUGCUGGAUACUCGAUCAUUAGUGAAUACUGUAAGGGGGGUAAUUAUGCCUUUUGAUAGACUUAAUAUAUUUUAUACAAUGUUGUUAAAGCUUUAUUAUGAGCUUAACAAAACUUAGUAACUGGGGCUUUAGGCCCAUAGCCAGACGGGGUUCGAGUGGUGCAAAAGACCCAUACCUCCCUGCCAAAGGUCCAGAAUUUGUCCCAUAUAUGAGCUUAUUUGUCCUAUUUUGACUGAUACACCAUCCUAAAUAGUGAAAUAAUCCAUUGAAAAAGACUUUAAGACCAAGCCGAAUCCUCUGUUGGCUGUUGCUCAAUAUAAAGUCCAAUAUAGUCCAAUAUAAAGCUGUGCAAGAAAGUAUACAAUCUGAUGAUGUAAGGGAAGUUAUAUUUCUCUACUGUAUUGUUUUUAAAUAGAUAAAACAUUUUACUAGUAACUUUUAUUCUAAAUCUCUCUCUUAAAACAAAUAAUAACCCAUAUUAGGAUUAUUUGAAUCCCGUCUAGGCUAUUGUUGUUAUCCAUAAAUUUUCAGAUGGACUUUAUUACAAGAGAGACUACAAAAAUCGUGAAGCUCAACAUUAUUAUUAUUAUUAUUAUUAUUAUUAUUAUUAUUAUUAUUAUUAUUAUUAUUAUUAUUAUUAUUAUGUUUUAAGUGUUGUAUUAUUCAAAUGUCAAAUUGUGACUGAGGAAAGUUGAAUGUGCUGGCCAGUUUGUUAUUUGCCUAAUAAAUGUCAAUAGGCAAGUUUUU